AUGGCUCUUGCUGCCUUGUCUGUCCUCCCUCACGUAGCAAUCUUCCCUUUCAUGGCCAAGGGCCACACCAUCCCGCUCAUCCAGCUCGUCCACCACCUCCGUCGCCGCCGCAUCGCCACCGUCACCUUCUUCACCACCCCCGGCAACGCCGCCUUCGUACGCGACGGGUUGACGGGCACGGACGACACGGCCGUAGUUGAGCUCGCUUUCCCCACCGACGUCCCGGGAGUCCCGGCGGGCGUGGAGAGCGCCGAGGGGCUCACGUCCAUGGCCUCUUUCGUCGCCUUCACCGGCGCCGUGUCGCUGCUCCAGCCGCAGCUCGAGGCGUACCUUGCAGCCAUGGAGCCCCCGGCCAGCCUCCUCGUCGCCGACGCGUUCCUGUUCUGGGCGAACGCGUCGGCCGCCAGGCUGGGCGUCCCGAAGGUGUCCUUCUUCGGCAUGUCGGCGUUCGCUCAGGUCAUGCGUGAGCUGCGCAACCGCCACGACGCGUGCGCGGUGCUGCGGCCGGGCGACGUCGACGGCGAUGGCAACCCGACCACGUUCACGGUGCCGGAGUUCCCGCACAUGAAGCUCAGCUUCGAGGACCUCAUGGCGCCUUUCGGGGACCCGUCUUCGAUCGCUCCGAUGAUGGAGCUGGACGGCAAGCUGGGCAAGGCCAUAGAGGAGAGCCGUGGCCUGAUCAUCAACACCUUUCAUGCCCUAGAGAGCCCGUACAUCGAGUUCUGGAACAAGAGCUGCGGGCCCAAGGCAUGGUCCGUCGGCCCGCUCUGUCUCUCCCAGCCAUCGUCGGCGUCCGACGACGCCGCCCGGCCACCAUGGAUGGCAUGGCUGGACGAGAAGGCGGCCACCGGCCGGGCCGUGCUGUACGUCGCGCUCGGGACGCUGGCCGCGAUCCCGGAGGCUCAGCUGAAGGAGGUCGCGGACGGGCUGGAGCGGGCCGAGGUGGACUUCAUAUGGGCCGUGAGGCCGGAAAACAUUGAUCUUGGUGCAGGGUUCGAGGAUCGUACCAAGAACAGAGGCUUGGUGGUAAGAGAGUGGGUCGACCAACCGGGGAUUCUGCGGCACGAGAGCGUGAAAGGGUUCCUGAGCCACUGCGGAUGGAACUCGGUGCUGGAGAGCGUCACCGCCGGCGUGCCGCUCGCGGUCUGGCCUAUGCAAGCCGACCAACCUUUCAACGCAAGGUUCGUAAUCGAGGAGCUCAAGAUUGCGGUCAGAGUUAAGACGAGUGACGGAACAAUGAGGGGUUUGGUCACAAACAAAGAAGUUUCCAAAGUGGUCAGGGAGCUUAUGCUCGGGGAGGUGGGAGCUGAAGCGGCGAAGAGCAUUGCAGAGUUAGCAAAAGAAGCCGUGUCGGAGGGAGGAUCCUCUUGGAGGGCUGCCGAAGAGAUGAUCCAUGAGUUGUGCGCAACGAAAGUGCACGUAAAAUGA